CCAGUUCUCUACUUCAAAACACGUCCAAGAGCGAGUGAAUUCAAUCCUCAGUAAAAUAUUUUCCAAUCCUUCUUUACAGUAAUCUAAAAAAAUUAAAAUGUCUUCCUGUGGAGGAAACUGUGGUUGUGGCUCCAGCUGUAAGUGCGGCAGUGGCUGCAACUGCAACAGCAUGUACCCCGGCCUCUCAGAGAAGACCAGCACUGAGACCAUCAUCACUGGGGUUGCACCUGCAAAGAUCCAGUCUGAGGGGUCUGAGAUGAGCUUUGGAGCAGAGGACGGCGGCUGCAAGUGUGGAUCAAACUGCACCUGCGACCCAUGCAACUGCAAAUGAGCAAAGAUGGACAAAGAAACAUUUGUGGCUGUUAAAUUAUAGUACUAAUAAAAAGGAACUAGAAGCCGGAAUGUGUUGUCGGGUCUAGAUAACUAUAUAUAUUAUUGCAAAUAAAACAGCCACGGGUUUUGCAUAUCCUUUUCGUUUC